AUGACUACUGAUGAUAGGGUGAGAAGUGUGGGAGUUGCAAUGGUUAGUAAAUGUGAUCUAUGUGGCAUGGAGGAGGAGUCUGCUAUUCAUUUGUUUAUUAGUUGUACUAUUUCUCAUGCUGUGUGGAGCAGAUUGGCUGCUAUUAUGGGUUUUGAUAUACUGAGCGAAAGACAAGGGCACAGAACACUGGAAGAGAUGGCUAAGCUCAAACUCCAAAGGAAGCAAAUCAAAGAGAAAGGGAGGAAGAAUGCAAGCAACGGAUAUAAGCGUCCUAGCCCUACGUUCACUUCUGGUCCGAAUACUUACAAAGACUACCGCAAGGAGUCUUGUGUUAAGUUAAGGGACGGGAAGCCCCUAGUAGAGAAAUGGCGGAAGUUUCAAAUGACUAUCUACCAUUCUCUACCAGUGGACGCCUCAGCUUUACUCACUUUGUUUAAACCUGAGGAUCUAGCCGCUUACUUGGCAAAGGCUCGCUUUGGUUCUCUGACCGGGAAAUCAUUCCUGAUUCCGGUUAUGAUAAUCCUGUCGAGCCGAUUAAGGAAGGAACAGACGGCUUUGGUUGGUUUAUUCAAGCUUUACUACCACCGGCGCAAGCGUUGUGGUGGGAUACUAUGA